UUAUGAUCUGGGUUCUUGUAAUUUUUGUCAGUUUACAUCAAUUUUUUUUUUUAAAAAAUCAUUUUUUUGAAACUUUCAAUAUGGAGAAAAUUGUGAUGUGGGUUCUUGUUAUUUUGUGAGGAAAAUUUGAAGUGGGAAUUUGUUUGUGUUUAGUGGUUGAUGAAAAUUUGAUUGUUGAAUGGCUGUACAAGAGCUGGUUGAGAUCAAAUUUAGGCUUGCUGAUGGAAGUGAUAUUGGGCCAAAUAAGUAUGCAUCUAGCACUACAGUGGCAUCUCUCAAAGAUAAGUUGAUUGCACAGUGGCCAAAAGAUAAGGUUAAUGGUCCAAGGACGACAAAUGACGUGAAGCUUAUAAAUGCUGGAAGGAUCCUUGAAAAUAGUAAAACUCUUGGUGAAUCCAGACUUCCAGCCGUUGAAGUUCCAGGAGGUGUCAUCACUAUGCAUGUUGUUGUACGGCCCCCCGUUAAUGAUAGAAACAAUGAUAAGCUGAAGGAUGAUUCGCUUAAAAAAGGCGGGUGUGCUUGUACAAUCUUGUAAUUCAGUAAUGGAAUUGUUCCACUUCUGUUAUAUUUCAUGGUGCUAUAUAAUUCUCAGUUGGAGAGUCUUUUUUGGAUGCAUUAACAAGUAAAACUUAGUGAAAAAAAAGAGAAAAAAGAUGUAAAAAUAUGAAAAAGUUUGAAGAUAAAGAUACCAUUAUGCUCCUAAUUUUUUGAUUCAUACCAUGUAGUCUUUUGGUAUAUAUGCUAGAACUACAGAAAGGGGAACACUUUAUUUUGUGAAAGAAAAAUAAAUUCCACGUCA